AUGCGUUUGAUUAUACUUUUCACCGUUGUUUCUAUUUCAUUGGUGACAUCAUCACCAGUUUCAGUUGACGAUGAAUUUUCUUUGCCAUCAUUGGAAAAUAUUGAAAGUCAUAUUGAUAAUCUAUGGACAAAUUUUAAAAAAGGUUAUAAUAUUGUGUAUAAUACCAGUGUCGAAGAAGUUCAUCGUUUCAAAAUUUUUACUCAUCAUGUUAAAAUGAUUAUUCAACACAACAUUGAACAUGAUCUUGGUUUACAUACUUAUCGACUUGGUGUGAAUAGAUUUGCUACAUUGACAAACGAAGAAUUUCGUCAAGCAUUUAAUGGAUAUCGACGUAAGAAACAAGAUCGAUCUCAAUAUUCAGAUAUUCGUCGAUCGCAUAUUUCUGCAUCACCAUUUAUCACUAUUCCAGUAUCCGUUGACUGGCGUGAUCAAGGUAUUGUAACACCAGUUAAAGAUCAAGGUCAAUGUGGUUCAUGUUGGGCAUUCAGUAGCACGGGCGCCCUGGAAGGUCAUCAUGCUCGAGCAACAGGCAAAUUACUUAGUUUAAGUGAACAACAACUUGUUGAUUGUUCAACAAAUUGGGGUAAUAAUGGAUGCAAUGGAGGUUUAAUGGAUAAUGCAUUUAAAUAUGUACAUGACAAUAAAGGUAUCGAUGAUGAAACAGCAUAUCCAUAUCUUGGAAAAGAUGAAGCAGCAUGUAAAUUUGCUCGAAAAUCUGUUGCUUCAACAUGCGAUGGUUUUGUUGAUAUUCCAGAAGGAAAUGAGACAGCACUUCAAGAAGCUUUAGCUCUUCAGGGACCGGUUGCAGUUGCCAUUGAUGCUAGUCAAUCAUCAUUUCAAUUCUAUGUUUCUGGCGUUUAUUCUGAUCCAAAAUGUUCAUCGGAAGAACUUGACCAUGGUGUUUUAGCUGUUGGUUAUGGUGUCGCUAGUGAUCCAGUAAAAGGUCAACUAGAAUAUUAUAUUGUUAAGAAUAGUUGGUCGGCUGCAUGGGGCGAUAAAGGAUACAUUAAAAUGGCUCGUAACAAGAAAAACAUGUGUGGUAUUAGUACGGCAGCUAGUUAUCCACUUGUUACAGAUAAAACCUCAAACAGUGCUAUUGCAUUCGAAUAUCUCAAUUAA